GGACCCGAAGGUAGCUCCGCCGCUUCGCCGUCGUCUUCCUCGCCGGCGCCACCGAGCGCUAAACGAGGCAGAGAUCCGGAAGAUGAGGUUUACGUUGAUAAUCUCAACUCUCACAAGCGGUAUCUUAGCGAGUUUGUGCAGGAAAAUUAUUUUUUCAAUUAUGGAUCCAUUGGAAUUUCGAGCAGGAAAUUGAGGUGAUUCCGUUGCAAUUAUUCGAGUUAAACACUAUGCAGAAUAUUUUGAGUUUUUUCUGAAUUCAAAGUGAUAUUUUCGUACGAACAAGUUCAAUUGAGGCUAUUUAGUUUCGUAUUUUAUGCGCUUUUUUAUGGCAUUUCAACAUGUAUGUUCAUUACAUUUUGCUUAGCUGUUGGGAUUGUGAUCGGCGUGUGACUAGAAUUGUGGCUGAAAAUAGAUAUUGUUGUUGGAAAUUCGCCUCUUCUUUCUGCUCUCCCCCUUUUUCGAUGCGGUCUAGUUCAUGGAUUUGAGUCCUCCUCACAGAAAGGUCACUGGAUUUGAAUCCCACAGAAGCCCUUGGUCAAUCUAACUAGAGUGGGUACAGGUAGCUAAAAUCGGAGUGGUUUAGUUAGUGGAGUAGAUGACCUUGUCAUUGGCUUUGAACCCGACCGAUGCCCUAAGUAAAUUGAACUAAUAGAUUGAAUCCAACCGAUGCCCUAGGUCGAUAUAACUUGUUGUUUUUCCACCUCUCAUAUGGGAUGCUUCUUCAUCUGUUUGCUAUGCUCCUGGAUGAGGUGUAAUGUGUGUGCAUUUUUUAUGGCACAUAUUACAUUUAAAACUGGUUCUUGCAGAUCAUGGCUUCAAGUUUGAACGGGCUGACCGUUGGAGAUACACUGUCUGACAAUCUAAUGGAUUCUCCUGUAAGGUCUGAUACGAUGAUGCCGUAUCUUAGGGAUGAAACAUCUGUACAGUAUUCACCAAUGUCUGAAGAUUCAGAUGACUCGAGGUACUACGAGAGUUCUAAUACCUGUUCUUCUCAGCCUGAGAGUGCUCCCACUAGCCCCGUAUCUCCUUAUAGAUGCCAAAAGCCCUUCGUGCCAGGACCUUCUACCACCUCAUAUCCUUCCCAUGGAUCCAUCGUUUCUUCUUCAGCUUCACCACAGUCUCGGCAGCGUGGUUCUGAUACCGAGGGUCGUUUCCCAUCAUCGCCCAGUGACAUAUGCCACUCAGCUGACUUGAGACGGGCUGCUCUUUUACGAUCUGUCCAAAUGAGAGCGCAGCCUUUAGGGCUGGCUCAAUUUGAAAUGCAGCUUAGUCCCGGACAAGAGACCGGGAACAAUAUAGAAGUUGAGGAGCGGCCAUGUUCCUACUUGAAGCUUGACGUUGAUGAGAGGGGGGACUAUCCUAUCGCCGAAUCUACACCUUUGAGCAUGUCUGAGAGUGAAGACAAGAAGAAGUCUUGUGGGGCUCUCGGCGUGGAGAUGAAAGACGACGAAUCUGCUGGCGAAUGAAUGAAAACAAUGUUGCCCAGUGGCACUUGGUGGUUGGCUUUUGAUAUGUUUUGAAGUCUCACCUGACAUAGCUAGAGAGAGAGCAAAGAAAUAGUCUCUUGUCUCAUUGACUCAUUGAUGUAUGGCCACGUUGCUUGCCAGUUGAGUCAUCAUCGAUCAGCUUCACUUCAGGUUAUGCUUCUGCGAGUAUGAAAAUUUCUCAUCUAUGUUUUGUGAUCUCAGUCAUGGCGGAUUAACUAACAUAUUUUCUGGAAUUGAACCAACCAAAUUUGAUUCGGUCUUUGUAAGUGAUAAGAGAUGCAUCUUUUAAGCCAAGAGCAGAGUUGCGUGUACGUAUUCGAAUCUUCGUCAGCUUUUAUGAUAUAAGACCACACUUAAUGGAUAAA